AUGUCUACAAACGAGGAGGACUUGUAUCUCCAAUCGUAUCCAUUUACAACUGCUGCAGCAAUAAUAGGAUCGGUCGACCGCAAGGUGAUCGUGAAUUUGUGGGAUGGAAGAACAUUAGUGGGUGUGUUGAGAACUUUUGAUCAAUUUGGUAACCUGGUCAUUCAUGAUGGUGUGGAACGAAUAUAUUUACUUGACAAGAAGCAGUAUGCGGAAUCUGAGAAGCCUCGCACCUAUUUGAUUCGAGGUGAAAAUGUUGUGAUGAUGGUGGAAUUGGAUAUCGACAUGGAAGAUGAGUCUUUGUCUGAAUUAAUGAGGAUUGAUUACGAUUCAGCAAAGAAGACUUGGAAGAAGAGAUGUCAGGAUUCGCUUGACAAGAAUACAGAGGACUCUACAAUAUUACAUGAUAACGGUAUGUUCAGUGCUGCCUGCGCGCUCUAUUAA